UUAACUAUUUUUAUUAUGACUUGUCAAACUGGAAUUAGAGCCGAUUCUAAAUUGUUGGAAUUUUUUGAUCAAUGCAAACAAUGCAAAAUUCGUUUUGGAAAAAUUGUUAUUAAUAAUGCAAAUCUAAAUGUAAAUUACCAUCUAAAUCCUUCAAAAGAUUGGCGAAAGGAUUGGAAAAAAUGGUUUUAUUUUUUUCUUUCAUUAAAUAUUUUUUUAAGUUUGCCAGAAUGUGUAGAUUCUUAUGAGCCCUGUUUUCUUCUUUUUCGUUUUGAUUCUGGACAUGAUUGGAUUUUGAUAAGUUUUGCCGAUGACAAAGCUUCCGUUAAGGAUAAAAUGCUGUUAGCAGCUACUAAAGCGACGUUUAAGUCCGAAUUUGGCCAGUCAUUUAUCCAUGCAGAAUAUCAAAUUUCAAAUCGAAAUGAACUCCAGUUGGAUAAUUUUGAGAAGAAUUAUUUGAAUAAAGAUGCGGAGAAUUCCGCCAUAGAGGAUGGAGACGAGUCUAGACCACUUUCUUUUGUUGAACGAGAGUUAAGUUCAGUAACCAAAGAACGUGCAAAUAUUCCUUUUUCACUUCACGCUUCUCAAACAAUGCGAGGUGUUCAAUUCCCAAUAGAUCAAGAUGCUGAAGAAAAAUUGCGUUCUUUUGCUUCUGGACAAUGCGAUUUUGUACAACUUUCUGUUGAUUGUCUAAACGAAGCAAUAAAAUUGGAAGCUUAUCAUACAAUUUUACAAGAUAUUUCUUCACUUGAAAAUCUUGUACCUAAGAAAUCUCCUCGUUAUUCUCUUUUACGUUUUAAAAAUGAAAAUUUGGCAAAAGGAGAAGCUAUUUUUUUUAUUUAUUCAAUCCCGCCAUCACAAUCUUGCACAAUCAAAGAAUUAAUGCUUUUUUCAAGUUGUAAAGGACCUCUAAUUGGUGAAAUUGAGAGUAAAUCUAUUGGAAUUGUUAUUGACAAAAAGAUUCAAGUAGACAGUCGAGAUAAAUUAGACAAAACAACUUUAUUGGAUUAUAUGACACCAGAAACUUGUGAAACAAUUUUGGAGAACAAUUCACCAGCAAAUAAUGGCCAACAACAAUUUGAACGUCCUCCACGUCCGGGUGGCGGUCCUAGACGAAUUAUCAAAAAAUUGUAG